AUGGCCGAUUACAUCAACAUCUCGCUCUUGUUUUGGGUGCUCCUCGGAGCUUCGGUGCUCUACGCAUUGACAGUCCCAGGUAGACGAGGUAAAGGGUUGCCUCAUGGACCGCCGACUCUGCCUAUCAUUGGGAAUCUGCACCAGAUGCCCACUCGAAAGGCCUACAUCAAGUUUGCCGAGUGGGCCAAGCAAUAUGGCGACAUGUAUUCGAUCAAGAUCGGGUCGACAACAACUGUUGUUCUCUCCAGUCGAAGACUCGUCAAAGAAAUCUUGGAGAGACGAGGCGCCGUCACCGCAGGCAGACCGGCUUCCUAUGCUCUUGAAAAGCUCGUUUUCAGAGGCCAUUUCAUCACUAUCCAGCAACCGGACGCUCCUAUGUACCGCGUUUCCAAAAAGUUACUACAUCAAUACUUUGGAGAACCCGCGAUCGACAGGAGUCACCUGCGUAUCAUCAACGCCGAAGCAACCCAGCUGAUCCGAGAUGUUAUGGUCGAUCCGGACAACUUUCCUCACCAUGCCCACAGAUACGCUAAUAGUUUCACGAUGAGUGCGACCUAUGGCAUACGAACUCCAAGCCACGACACUCCUCAUUUGGUGGCAAUCACCAAAAUCACCUCGCAAACGGCGUCUCUCAUCGUCCCCGGAAGAUUACCACCAGUCGAUAUAUUCCCAUUCCUCAAACUCGUGCCCGAACGCUUCCUGGGUAAUUGGGUCACCCUAUGUACAGAUUUGCAAAAAGCAAGCGACAACCUAUAUACGUCUAUUCUUGGAGCAGUGAUGGAGCGCCGGAAAGCCAAAGGCCCGCAAGACACUUUCGCCGACAUAUGUAUCGACAAUAAGGAGUACGACUUCUCGUUUCAUGAGCUCAUGUACUUGACAGGAUCCGUCCUGGACGCAGGGACAGACACUACUUCGUCGGUCCUGAUCACACUGAUCCAGAUGCUCUGUGCCUAUCCGGAAAUUCUCAAGAAAGCCCACGCCGAGAUUGAUAUGGUAGUUGGCGAAGACCGAACCCCGGUAUGGGACGACUUCGCCAAGUUACCAUACAUCAACCAACUCAUAAAAGAGACGCAGCGCCUCCGCCCAGCUACACCUAUUGCAUUCCCUCAUAAAGCACUCAAAGAUAUUUGGAUCGACGGGAAACUGGUCCCUGAGGGGGCCACUAUUAUCGCCAAUAUCACAGGACUUCAUUCAGAUGCCAACAAAUUUGAACGUCCUGGCGAGUUUAACCCCGACCAUUACGAAGGAAUGACAAAGUUGGCUCAGGGCUAUGCUAAUAUUUCAGAUGAAGAUAAACGAGAUCACUAUGUAUAUGGCUUUGGACGUCGGAUUUGCGCAGGGAUGCAGAUCGCCGAGAGAUCAUUAUUCACUACCUUUUCCAAGAUGCUCUGGGCCUUUAACAUAUCUGCUCCUAAAGAUAAGCAAGGACGACUUAUAGAAAUGAACCUUGAUCCGAUGACGGGCUACACAGACGGCACUAUCGUCAUGGCUAAACCCUUUCAGGCCUGCAUCAAGGUCCGGUCUGAGCGGAAAAGGGAGACAAUUUUAAGGGAGUUUAACGAGGCGCAGAAAAAUAUAUUUUCCCAAUUCGAUGUGCCUACGAUGGAAGAGAGCAUCUCAACAGACUCGGAGCAUAAGAGCGCACAUGGCAAUUGA